AUGCAAUCAACAUUUGUGGUCACGCCCAACGUGAGGUCUUUCACGUCCAAGCUUUACCAAGCUCGGCGAGACGACCUCGACCGAUCCAAAGUUGAAAAAGUUAAGACUAAUGUUCAGUACGAAUGCCUUGGAUGCACCCCGAGGUUUGUCAUCAAGCUGACGAAGGCCAGCGGGUACCAAAACUUUGCGCAGCACGUCUACAGGUAUCACAAGGACGUCGCGGCGUCUCGACAAGGCAGCUUCGAUCUUCGGUGGCAUCGACAGGGUCGUCUCCGGCAACCUCCCCUUCGCCUUUCUCAGAUCCGAAAACUACAAAACGCACUCCUCUCUCGGCUCAAUGGACCCCAAAACCGUGUGAAAGUGUCUGCGGCUUAUCACAUGUCGCGUCGAGACCCCAACGACAAUGCCCACGGCGCGCGCGAACACAUUUUGUUCUUGGACAACAUUCUUCGCGUCUACAAACGUAAUAUCUCCAACGUAAGGUUCAUGGUCUACGACAAUUGCAGUGCCAACAAGCGCAUGGCCAAAGAUAUCAACAAGUUCGUGUUUGAACAGUACCGUCCGGUCAUUCACAAGUUCCAAAAGCUAAUGGUCGGCCUCAAGAGUCUGAACAAUCGUGUUCACCUGCGCAAGUUGACCUCGCUAUCCCUGGUGCUCCACAACUCCACGUGCUGGUCGUCCUAUCACGCAAAGAUCGUGGCAAGCCUUCUCCAAACACCUUCGGACGACCGCGCAAUCACCGAGCUUGUAAGCCACCUCAACAAGUUCGAGUCCGUGACCGUGUACCUACAGCGUGAGAGCCUGCAUAUGGUGCAUGUCCGAACGCUUUUCGACGAGCUCAUCAAGGAUUGCCCCAGUAUGCGCACUCACCUACAGUGA